UAUCUAGCCGUCGUUUAGUGUAUGUACCUACCAACAAAAAGUAUACCAACAAAUAGAUGAGGGGCGGCGGUGGAUCACGAUUUGAUACAGCAGGGCACUGUGCACUGCCGCUUGCCGCAGGUGCUGCAACCAUCAUCAUGCACACACAUGCGCACUCUCGAGUCUCUCUACAGAUAAGUAUGUCCCCAGUGAACUAGCCAUCCGCAUCACUGUCACCGCUGUUUUUGGAAUUUGCAGUCUGUGCAUCUGCACUCUCUGCACCACCCCCACAACAUGGCUUCGACUUCGAUUCUCCACAUUGUAUCCCGAUCGGGUUAUUUUUCUUUGAAAAUGAUGUCAUAAGUGUACUUAUAGUUGGCUGUUGUGUUGUGAUACUCGUGGUACAGAGCUCAGAAAGUAAAAUAUAAAGACUUGUUUAAGUUACAUCCUUUACUUUCAAAAGUUUAUCAAAUCAUCUCAAAUCUAAUUUGCUCGAAUUACCGCUCUCUCACAUAUCGACCACACAGACCAACCCAGUACUAUAAUCCAAAUGCGUGUGUGUAUGUGUUCGAGUAACAUCUGAUGAACAAUCUUUAUAAAUUAUCAUCGGACGCCGUGAUGUCAAUCACAGGAACGAGGAGGUUUAUUAGGCGUGUUCCAGCUGUUGUGUUAUUUUUCACAGCUUUAUCCAUCUGAUGUCCGUAGAUCUGUUAGCCACCUUACUUUAAUGAGACAACUAUCAUAAUAAUCAGGGCAAUCAUGGAAACCUCGACUUGUUCAGAACUCGAUUUUGUUUACGAUGACGCUGACACACAUGCCAACGAAAUCGCUGAGCUUUACAGUUACACGGAGCACCCAGAGUUGCAACUCAAUGUUAAAGCUUUCGAGGACCAAAUGCAAUGGUACAAGUUACGUCCGGUUUGGCAAAACCUGACAAUGGACCAACACAAGUCAAUAAUUUUUAAGUUACUCGAUCAGCUGGAAGUAUCGGAUAAACAAAUGCGAAUGAAAGCAGUUAGGUGUAUUUUAUACUUGGCACAGGGCUGCUGGGCAGAAGUUCAAUCUGAUAAAGAGCAACAAGAGUGGGAAAAGAAAAAUGUCAUGCUACUGUAUGAGUGUGGAACAUUUUCGGCAUUUGUUGAAUUGUUGAACAUUGAAAUUGAAAACAGCGCUGCUGCAAGUACUGCCAUAAGAAAAUUGGCCAUGAGUCUUGCAGAUUCAGUGGAUCUUCGUGUUAUAUUGUCUGUUUUAUAUGUUAUUACUGAGGUGAUGAGAGAAGAAAAUAAAUGUUUGGACAAUUCUAUUUAUAAACACAAUGUUGAAUCUUUUAAAGAAGAAUUAUUGAACUCUAGCGAAGAUGAGUUGCUAACUGUAAAACUACUAGGAAUGGUGACAUCUUUCUGCAGUGGGUCUGCUCCACAUUUUCCAAUGAAAAAAGUUUUACUUUUGUUAUGGAAGUUAAUUUUAGUUUCAUUGGGAGGUAUGGAAACUUUAAGAGAACUAAAGAAAACCUAUAGAGAACAGGCUGGUCUUGAUAAUCUUCAAGAAGAUACCAUAGAAGUAGCAAAAGUAAUGAGACCGAGUUCUCCUCCAUCGAGUGCCACAGAUUUAUUAGAUUCGCAAAAUUUAAAGAAAACUAAUAGACCUUUGAGAAGAAGUUUAAUGAAACAAAGUUCAUUGGAUGAGCAAAACUUGGAGUAUGAUUCAAGUAUGAAGCUCAUUAGAAACGAUGAUGGUAUGGAUACUUCGGAACGUGAUGUUGAUGAAGGAGUUUUUUUAAAGGACCCUCAAGUUGGACCCAAUCAAACUUUUUAUGACAAUCCCAAUGAUCAACCUCAAACAAGACCAGAUACCCCUCCACCCACAAAAAUCAAAGGUUUACCGUGGGCUCCAAAAGUUCGUCAAAAAGAUGUCGAUACAUUUUUGGAUGUUUCGAGGCUCAAAUUCGUGGGAUACAAAUUGCAGGGUGAUCGCGAAAGUUUAGCCGGGUUACCUCAGCCGAUUCACGAGGGACUAAGUACUUUGAAAAAACACAUGUAUACUUCACUGGCAGAAAUUCAAAUUCAAAAGGAGGAAGAAAUUGCUAAAAAUCCAAUUAGUACACAAGAACCCACAAUUCGACAAACCGCUACGGAAAUUCUGUAUCAAGCAAUGUUACCUAAUUUACCUCAACAUAUGAUUGCAUUACUAAAAAUACUAUUAGCUGCUGCACCAACAAGUAAAACUAAAACUGAUAGUAUUAACGUGAUGUCUGACGUUUUACCGGAAGAGAUGCCGGUCACAGUAUUACAAUCCAUGAAACUUGGUAUUGACGUCAAUCGUCAUAAAGAGAUUGUUGUCAAGGCAGUUUCGGCCAUAUUACUUCUUUUACUGAAGCACUUUAAAUUGAAUCAUGUCUAUCAAUUUGAAUUCAUGUCCCAGCACCUUGUUUUUGCCAACUGCAUACCAUUGGUCUUGAAAUUUCUGAAUCAAAACAUUUUGGUAUACAUUGAAGCAAAAAAUGUCAUUCCUAUACUCGAUUUUCCAAUGUGUGUAAUUGGUGAUCAGCCUGAACUUACAGUGGAUAAUCUUGAAAUAGGAGAUAAUCAAAAUUAUUCAUGGAGAAACGUGUUUUCUUGUAUUAAUUUACUCAGAAUACUCAAUAAAUUGACCAAAUGGAAACACAGCAGAAUAAUGAUGUUGGUUGUCUUCAAGUCGGCUCCUAUUUUAAAACGAACACUAAAAGUGAUGCAUGGCAUGUUACAAUUGUACGUUUUAAAGCUGCUUAAAAUGCAAACAAAAUAUCUAGGGAGACAGUGGAGAAAAACAAAUAUGAAGACAAUCAGUGUCAUAUAUUCCAAAGUUCGACAUCGUUUGAAUGACGAUUGGGCUUUUGGAAAUGAUUUGGAGGCUAGGCCAUGGGAUUUUCAAGCUGAAGAAUGUACUCUUAGAGCAUGUGUAGAUCGUUUUAAUAACCGGAGAUACUCAAACGCGGUAAGAGACGAAGAGUUAGAACCCGUUGACACGUCGAUAACGUCGGUGCUCGGGACAAAUGUUGAACUGACUGAUGAAUUUAAGCAACACUACGAACUUUGGCUUCAGCAAGAAGUUUUUCAAACUACAAUCGAUUGGGAUGAACUGUUGGGGCCCACGAACUAUGAAAUUUAAUUUUCAUUACAACAUUUACUGGGUCAAGUUGAUAAGAUAUAUUAUGAGAGUGAUGAUUUUUUUACUUUACUGUAUAGUCAUUGAAAGUUUUCGAGUCUUUUACUGAACGCACCGACUGUGGAUUUACUUAAAAACUUGUAAAUAAACAUAAUACGCUUAUAUUUAUUUUACUUAUCUUACAAAAAUACAUAGUCUUCAAACAUCUGUUUGUAGCUUAAUUUUAAUCAAAAUAACUAAUUAACUUGAAAUUUUUAAUAUUUUAAUAAAACGCUUUUUUUUGUAAUACUUGAGAAAUUAUAAAGAUGUAUCAAGAUACUUGAAGCUCAUCUGAUUACCAUGAUUUUUUUGUUACUUAUGUAUACCAUUGUAGUUUGCUUUGAAAAACGUCUUACAAUUUUUGAUUCAGAAAAAUCAUGUUAUAUCAUUGUCUGGAAAAUGUUAAGAACAAUCAUGAUAUUCCGUUUAAUUUAUUUAUCUAAUUAUAAACUAUGAAACAUAUUUACUCGUUGGAAAUUCAUGUUUAUUUUGUCGUUGCCUUGAGUUUUUCUCAAGCAGAGCAUAAGAUUCCCCAGUGAUGCGAAUAAAUUGAUAAUAAUAACAUCCGGUUAUUUCUUUAUUAUAUAAAGA